AUGUGCAGAAUUGAAGAUAGUUCAGAUGGUACAUUAGUUAUCGAUGAACCCAACUAUGAUAAUCAAACAAUUGAAAUAUUAAAUAAUUCAGAUUCAGACAUCGAAGUUGUUGAAUUAGAUGAUGAUACAGAAGAUAACUCAGAUGUGGAAAUUGUUGAAAUCGACAAUCACAUAAAGAAUACUUCUACUUCAUUGAAUCCUCCAGAUUUAUCCACAAAAMACAGUUUAACAUGUAAGCAAUGCUCUAGAAUAUUUACUACUAACAAUGCACUACUAAAUCACAUCAGAAAGUUUAAAGGAAGGAUAGGAGGUUGUACUUAUAUCGCAAAUAAUGCAAUAAAAAAAAGAAAAACCACCGAUUCUGAGCACUUGGUUAUUAAAAAGAAACAGGGGAGGCCACCAAAAAAAAAUGAUGUUAAUGGACCUGAGUUUCCUGUACCUGUUCUUAAACCUGUUCCUAAAACUAUUCCCCUUAGUCGUCCUUCAAUACCAGAAUUAAUACCAAUAGUCUUCAAGUCUGUCAAACCUACUACUGCAAAAAAUAAUAUUUUACCAUCUUUACGACAAAUGUUAGUCGAUGAAAUUGAACCAGAAUAUCCUUGUACAAUAUGUGGUGAAACAUUUCGUCAUAAUAUUGCCCUUAUAUGUCAUUUGGAUACUGAUCACAAUAAUGAUACAACUAAUAAAGAAGACCCAAAUAAAGAAAAAAAAUCAUCAACAAAAUUGGGUAUAAAAAAGCAAAUUAUAAAAAAAAAUCUUAUAAAUGAAAAUAAGCAGAUAGAAAAUUAUGAGCCCAAAUCAGAUACUGUUGAUUUAACACUACUGCCAGAUUUUAAAAAAGACAGCUUGAUGAAUAAAAUGAAAUCCUAUGUAUAUAGUACAAACAAAAACCAAGCAAUUUGUCUUUUAUGCAAUAUAGACUUCAAGAAUGCUAAAAAAGCAUUAUCUCAUGUYGAAGAUAAACAUAUAUUGGAUAAAAUAGAAUGUGGRUAUUGUAAUAUGAAAUUUGUGUAUGAACUAAAACUAAGAAGUCAUAUGGCAAAAAGACAUAAAAUAAUUGGUGUUUAUAAAUGUAAUAAAUGUUUAAAGAUGAUAAAUAAAGAAGAAUGUGAUUCACAUACUGAAAAAUGUGAAGGAAAAGUGAACCCAAUAAUAAUCAAAAGAGAAGAUAAAUCUAACAGCUUAUAAAUUAAAAAUAUAUAGUAGUAAGUAAAAUGUUAAUCUAUACCAAAGUAAAGACAUUAUAAAAAGUAAUUAUUUAAAAUAUAUAGCCAUAGUACUUGAGAAAAAUUAUAACUAAACACUAAUGCUCUAAUGCAUCUAAGUCCAGCAGCAUAAAUUUCCCACAUAAUAAUAAGUUCGUUCACAACUUAUUGUUACCAAAAAAAAAAAAA